GUUUGCAGCUAAAUUAGUUGCAAGUAGUUCGCUUGAAUCUUAUCUUUUUCAAAAAGAUACUAAUAGCUAUAAUAAGAAUGAGCUUAAACUAUCUAGAAAAAGAGGUUCAAAGAAUAAGAAAAAAGCCAAUUAUGUGAGCAAAGUCAUUGUAGAUAUUACAUUUGAGAAUGGUAAAACAGAUCGAUAUAUAGUUCAGCUCUUUGAUAUAAGUGGGUAUGUUGAUGAAGCAAAAAAAAAAUCAAAGGUAAUGUGA